UUUUUGAAUUGCGUGCUCUGAGUUUUGUCCGUACGUGGCAUCCGUAUCAACUUGGUUAAUCGAAGAUGGCGGCCACCACCGUUGGAAACGAUCUUAUAGACAAUGAUCUUCCCACUGCUGUGCGUCUACUCAACAGUCUCACAGAACAAGUUGCUUCAGUAACAAGUCAUGUCCGGGACCUGAUAAAGAAAGUCAGAGAGAAAGCUUAUCAGACCUCAAAGGGUUUGUCUUUUUUGGACUUGAGAUAUCAUCUAUUACUGUUUUACCUUCACGACAUCACUCAUUUGAUCAGUUUAAAGACAGGAGGAGAAAGUCUGAAGGACAACAGCGCCAUCCACAGGCUAGUCACCAUAAGGACGGUUUUAGAGAAGAUGCGUCCACUAGAUCAAAAGCUGAAAUAUCAGAUUGAUAAAUUAGUGCGGACCGCAGUAACAGGCAGCCUUGCUGAGAAUGACCCUCUACACUUUCGCCCUAAUCCUCAGAAUCUGGUCAGCAAGCUGAGUGAAUCUGAGAACUCAGAUGAGGACGACAAUGGAGGAAACUCAAAGGGGCUAAAAGAUCCCUCAGCCAGCAGGAAAUACGUACCUCCUCGAAUUGCUCCAGUGCACUAUGACGGAGACAUGACAGAAGCAGACCGGCAGAAGGAGCAGAUCGAUAAACAGAAGAGAGCGGCACUCCGCAGCUCUGUGAUCCAGGAGCUCCGACAGCAAUACAGUGAUGCUCCUGAGGAGAUCAGAGACCGCAGAGACUUCCAGACCGAACGGGAAAGCAGAGAAGAGCUCAACAGGAAAAACUAUGAGGAGUCCAUGAUGGUGCGACUCGGUAUGACACGUGAGCAGAGACUCGGGAAGAGAGGAAUGGUGGGAAUGACAUCACAGCUGGGUAACAUCACACGAUUCAGUGACAUCAGCGCUCUGACAAGGGGAGAAGCACAGGAUACUGAUAAUCCAAAACCCAAGAAAAAGAAGAAAAUUAUCAAGAAAGGGAAAAAGAAAAUUUUCAGGAAGCACAAGUAAACCACUGAUGCCAAGGAGAGAUUUUAAGAUGAAGUUCAACAAAAUGAUUCUUUUCAUGUUUAAAUAAAUCUUUCCUUUCAUGAACAAGGGUGUGGAGCCUUAUGUAAAAAGGUUCGUCUCAGUGCUAAUCUGACUACCUUGUUUUGCAUAUCCUUUAAGUUUCUAAUAAAAUGAGGUGACUGCAUGCUUUAUUAUUUUUUCAAGUGUAUUCAGUGGUGAAACAUUUUUGUAAGUGGUGGUCAUUAGGAUCUUAAUAUGGCUACACUCAUUUCAUAUUUAAUCAUUUAAUCGGAUCUAUUCAAUCAUUGUGUUUGAUCUGGUGAACAAAAAUGCCCCAAUUCUUGAUAAUUAUGUUGAAAUAAAUGAAGGCAAACUAAAAUGAUCAUGA